CACUACAGUUCGACGGAUGGCCAGAUCAUAAUGUGCUCCUUCAGUAAACUCAGACGCGCAGUUUUUCGACGGCGCGUCUGCAGCCAUCGAGAUCGCCAUCAAACGACUGAUCCAGAGCAACCACUUCGUCCAAAUGUCUUCCGUCUUACGGGCUGUGCGGGACAAACGAGAGCGGGCAAUUCAAAUGAUCUUCAAGUAAGUCUCGGGGAAAAGGGUAUUUCCAGUAUUUGUUUCUCCACCGAGCAGUCAUCGACGCAGCCCCGUUUUAAAUGA